CACUGGGCCGCCUCAGGCAGCCCUGACCGGGCUGUCCGGUCCCCGGCAGCGGGGGUAGGAUGGCGCUGAAGCGGAUCCAGAAGGCAUCCAAAAGAGAGAAUUUUGACAAAUUAUUCUCUAAAAGGGUCAUCUGUCAUCCUGGGACUUUGAAGCAGGUGAAUGACAUGCUGAGGUACAGUGGGUCCAAAACCAUGGACGUGUGGGAAGACCUUGUGAGCUGGAGAGAAAUUGGCCUGUACUGCCAGCUUUUCCAAAUCCCCUGCAGAGUGAUAGUGAGAGCCACAGCGUGGAGAGGAAUUAAGCGACUUGCAGAGGGAUCCUCCUGCCCAGUGUUCUGCGGGACCUGUGGGUAAUGAUUUGUUCCACUGGCAGGCCACCAUCAUGGGCCCGAAUGACAGUCCUUACCAAGGAGGUGUUUUCUUCCUGACCAUCCACUUUCCUACGGAUUACCCUUUUAAGCCCCCAAAGGUUGCUUUCACAACCAAAAUUUAUCACCCCAAUAUCAACAGUAAUGGCAGCAUCUGCCUCGAUAUCCUACGGUCUCAGUGGUCUCCAGCGCUGACCGUAUCAAAAGUUCUCUUGUCCAUCUGCUCCCUACUCUGUGACCCCAACCCUGAUGAUCCUCUGGUACCAGAGAUAGCCCAUAUCUACAAGGCCGACAAAGAGAAGUACGCGUCCUCUUUGGGAUUACUUUGUGCCAUAGCUGCCCCAGGCAGCUCCAGGUACAACAGACUAGCAAGAGAGUGGACACAGAAAUAUGCUAUGUAAGUGCCUGGGAGGUUUUACAGGAGACAUUGUCCAGGAGAAGCUAGCUGGGCAGAGAUGUCUUCCCAUGAAACUCUGAGCUGUUGGGCUGAGCCACUGGCAGAACGUCAUCUGUUCUUCAAACAUUGAUCACCCACUUUCUCCAGCCGCAGCAUGUUGGUACCAUCCUCAGCCAUUGUGGCUUUGAAAAUGUCAUGUCUUUGAUGCCAAAUCAGCAGCCAUUGUUGUUCUGUUCUGCAGCCUUCUUGGUUGCACUGGAAUUUGCCUCCUGAGCGUGCUGGGCCCUGCACGCUUCCCCUGCCCAGCCUGAAAUGGUGCUGCCGCCUACCAUGGCGUCACAUGGGGGCCUCAGCCUGGACCUUUACCACGUGCCCUUUGCCUUUUAAAACUUAGUGCCAUCCCAGGUGUCCAGGGUGGAGUGGGCUUUUGUCACAGCCUGUCUGCCACAGAACCACAUGCCAAGGAAUCAGCUCACUCACCAUGGAAGCUCCUAGGAAUUGAGAACAGUGUCACUGGGAAGUGGAGGCCUCACCCUACAGCUUCCACCAGUCUUCCUCUACAGUGCCACAUGCUGGCAUGUCUCCUCUCACACCAAGAAGCAGCAAGUGGAAAAUGUCAGGAUAUAAAGCACAUAACACCCCAUGAGAGAUGACUGUUUUUAGAAGCAAAAGCAAAAUUAUGAAACCUGAAGAGAUUAGGGCUGUGCUUUUCUGUGUGAUGAGGUUUUUUCACCAUCCCCUUCUCCUCCCACUAGGAGCCUACACGAAGUCCAAAUGUGAGCCAUUCACAGACUAGAACACGAGGGAGAGAAACUCUUCUCAAUGUAAAUAAAAAUGCAAUUUACUCAUAACUCUAAGUGA